CGGGCCUCCACUUGCCAUCAUGCUGCCUUUCCCUGGCUCGCGCCUGCCGCGCACGUUCAACAGACUCGCGCGAGCCUCGCUGCUUGCUUCUCGGCCCCGUCUUUUCACCGUUUUCGGAAAGUUCUGGUUCCGACCAAACAAAUUGUUCCGCCGCAAUCCCGCCCUCCCCUGCCCAGUCCUUCCCGUGACCAGCCCACUCAUCCGAACUGCACCCUCAGGCCAUGAUUCCUACGCGCGCUAUCUACCGUCUAUCUCGCGCAAGCAGGCCAGCUGCACUCCCAAAAAGCCUGAUAACGCGCCCUGCUCCAACCCGAUAUGCAUCGACCUCCGCACCCGCGCCUCCCCCGCCCCGUCGCGCGCCGCCCCCAAACCCGCACGCGUCGUACUACAGCGAUAUCGUGCCCGCCAUGAUACCCAUCUUCCUGAUAGGUUCGGCGCGAUGGGCGGUACGCAGGGUUUGCAGCUGCUACACUCGUCUCUGGAGCACGAGCAGGCGAGCGACAAGGCGCUUGCGCGGAUAGCAGAGCUGGAGGCCGAGGUAGAUAGGUUGCAGGCCGAGCACUCGGUGCGGGGUGCAGGCACGAACGGGGCUGCUGCACUCCACGGUGGGUCCGGAGCGUGGUGGAAGUUCUGGUAG